UGAUGCCUGACAUUGACAAAGACUGGUGUUAGUUUUCAUCAUUUUACUCUAUUUUAUUCAUUGCAAACAUUUUGAAAUAAAAUGGGAGCAAAACUUCCAGAGUGUGAUAAAUAUGGAAGAAAAGUACCACCUAUCUUACCGUGGAUGCCCAAGGUUGCUCCAUACGGCGAAGAACCACCUUCGUUUUUCGUGAAACGCGCUUACGAUAGUGUUGAAUUUCCUCCGCUGUUCACAAAAACGUCCAUACAAAAGGGCGUUCCGCAGAAGGACAUAUACGAAUAUUUUAAACCGAGUGAAACUAUCGGCGCUGCGUACACUCCUUCAGCUAUGCCCUUGCGAAUACAAUGCAUGCCACCGAGACGGAGAAAAAUUAAAUUGUCUGUGUUGGACGAGAAUGGCGAUCUUCAACAUCCUCCGAAGAAGACCAAGCAGGAGGAAGAGGAGGAGCAAAAGAAACUGGAGAAGAUACGAAAAAAGAAAGAGGCACAAUUAUGUGGUACAGUUACUCUCGGAGAUCUCAUGAGUGGUAAGUAUUGGCGCGAUAAGGAGGAAGCGAAAAUGAAGAAGGAAAUGAGAAAAGAAAAGAAGCGAUUAGCUGAAUUGGAAGCUCUGGAAAGGAAGAGGAGCAGCGGUAAUGGAAAUUUGGAAUAUCUUCAAGCAGAAUUACCAGUGGAUCCGGAUGAUCAAAAGAAAAUGCUAAUCGAUACUGCCGAAGAAGACAUGAACAAAGAAGUUUACGAAGUAGAUUUGGAACGCAUUAAAUAUUACCUUACAACUGGAAUUUCAGAGGAUGUAAUUGAACCGUACAAUUUUCAAUAUAUUUUAUACGCAAAAACUCUAAUUCCCGAGAAAUACAAACUUUUAAAGUUGUAUAAUGCUGUUAUGGAUAGUUAUGUACCGGAAUUGACUGAAAUGUACGAUUUAUAUAUGAGAGAAUGUUUAUUAGAAUACAUUUUAAACGAUCCUUACGAAUGGAAACGUUUAAAAAUCGAUAGUUACCCAUCAAAAUAUCCGACGAUGUUAAUAAGAGCUCCAGUGCCUUGGCAUAUACAGUAUGUAGUUGGAAGGCAAUCUUUGGAAAGGAGAUUCUAUUUAGGGAAUCCUUUGAUUCUGGCAAUCAGAAAAUUAUGGCAGGACGAGUAUCAAUUUCUUUAUAUUCUACCAAUGUCGAGAAUAAACGAGGAUGUUCAAUUCCCGUUGGACACCGAAGUUUUCGAGGAGAAAGCUAGCCAAUUAUGUGCGGAGAUUCGAACGAAAAUUGAAGUAGAAUGGAUGAGAGCCUGUGCUGAUCUUUGCUUACAAAUGAAGAACGUAUGGAAACCAUACGCGCCUUUAACAUCAGAUGACAGCGUUCAACUUAUAGAAGGAUACUUUAGGUGCAUCAACUCGUUGAUGUCUUUGAUGUUGCGGAGAUUGGUUUGGAGGAGUUUGAAGCAUUUCGUAGAUUUCAUUGUAAAAUUCAAAGAUGGAAACGAUUUCGGCGAUACAUACGAAGACAAAAUAUUAAAUAAUCUUCCAGUUAUAAAAAUUGUAGCAAGGCCGGUUCUUGGUACAAACAAAAUUAAUUUAUUCCCAAAUCCAUUAAAAGUCGGAAAGAUAUUCGUUAAUUGCGUGAUGAAGAUUUUGAGUGUUAACAAAAACAUACCGCGACUCGAAACAAUACUGUUUCCAGAGUAUAAAGACAAGAAAACGUAUUUGCAUUGUGUUAACGAAAAGGAGGAGGACGUGAAGAAGUUAAUCGAGUUUGUCGAAUUUUGCUUCGCUCCGAACGUUAUAGGACCACUGAAUUACUUGAAAAUUUAUGAGGACUAUUAUUACAUUCAGAAUGGUGAAGCCGAGAAAAGUUUAUUGGAUUUCAUGGCACUAGAUCCUAUGCCCUAUUUAAAAGAUUUUGCCAAACGCAUUGAAAGAUACAACGAAAUUAAAAAGGAAAUAAUAUUUAUAAGACGAUCCGUCUCAUUGAAUUGUAUCAGUCUGGAAUGCGGCGAAUUGAACGAUAGCUUAUACAAAAUUAUUGAUGAUUUACGUUUACAUAUCGUAAAUUACUUUAUCGAUAAAAGCCACAACCAUAAUAGAAUGAUUUGUGAUACGUUCGAUCAAAUGUCGAGGAAUGUUAGCGAAACGCCUGAAACCGUACAAGAGCUAGUGACCUUACAGAAUUACGUAAUUGAGUGCAGAGAUGUAACAAUGUAUAAUAUUCGUGAAAAGAUUCGUCAAACUGCCGAAAAUCUAAGCUUCCUGAUGAAUUUUGCUCAUUUGACUAGUGAAGAUAUUCAGUUAAAUGUUCGCGUAUUUCUGUGGCCGAAAGAUAUGGAAAAUGUGAUUGAAUUGGCUCUGCAGAGACUGAACAUGAAGCGAGACCAGGCGGAGCUCGCACUUAAAGCUAAGAGGACUGCUUUCGAGAGUAAACUCAAGAAACAUGAAAAGCAAUUGGUUGCAUUUAAGAAAAAAGAUCCUCCUAUUCUAACAAUGGAAGAGAUGGAGGAAAACACGGAUAUUGUGGAGAAGUUGGUACAGAGAUUAAUGGAGGAUAAGGAAGAGGCGGAGCAAAUUAAUGCCGAGGAGCAGUUGCUCGAUUAUGAUCCUUCUCCGUUUACCAAUUUAUAUCAAAUGUUGGCUACAGUUGAUCCAUACGACAAAUUAUGGCAUACCAUUUUAGCUUUUCACCAGCAAUACGAUAUAUGGUAUUAUGGGUCGUUUAAAGAAUUGGAUGCUGAUGAGAUUACAGAAGAAACUGAAAAUAUGUGGAGAACUUUGUAUAAACUCGCAAAAACUCUGCACGACAAUGCGGGCGCUCGAAGAAUAUCGGAGAUGGUUCGAGCCAAAGUGGAAAAAUUCAAACAUGUUUUGCCCGUUUUGCAGACCGUCUGCAAUAAAGGUCUUCAGGAAAGACAUUGGUCUCAGAUAAGUGAAAUAAUGGGAGUUCAACUGGUUAUAACUGAAGAAUCAACAUUAAAUGACAUGAUAGAAGCCGGAAUGCCUAGAUUUAUUUCACAAUUGGAAGAGAUCAGUGGUGCGGCAACUAAAGAAUACGCAUUGGAAAGGAAUCUGAGGAAGAUGAAGGACGAAUGGGAGGAAAUUAGAUUCGAAUGUUUACCUUAUCGAGAGACUGGCGUUCAUAUACUUUCAGCUUUGGACGAUAUCCAAGUGAUGUUAGAUGAUCAUAUUUUAAAAGCGCAAACUAUGCGCGGUUCGCCUUAUGUAAAAGCAUUCGAAGCUGAUAUGCAGUCAUGGGAGGAUAAGCUUAUAGAAAUGCAAGAUAUUUUGGAAGAGUGGUUGACAUGUCAGGCAACUUGGAUGUAUCUGGAACCAAUCUUCAGUUCUGAAGAUAUCAUGAGGCAGAUGCCCACCGAGGCUAGGAAUUUCAGGCAAGUCGACAGAAUUUGGCGUACUAUUCAAAACAAUACAAUACUGGACACUCGAGUUCUCGUAGCUACUGAGUUUAGAAAUAUGCUGGGACAGCUAAAAGAGGCGAAUGGUUUAUUGGACGAGAUCCAAAAGGGUCUAAAUAAUUAUUUGGAAAAGAAACGCCUCUACUUCCCGAGAUUUUUCUUCUUAUCAAAUGAUGAGCUUCUAGAAAUACUUUCCGAAACCAAAGAUCCGUUACGUGUUCAACUUCACUUGAAGAAGUGCUUCGAGGGUGUUAAUCUUUUGAAAUUCAUUGAUAAUAAGGAGGUGAUCGGAAUGAUUAGCGCUGAAAAGGAAUAUGUGCCUUUUAGUGGACGAAUUUAUCCUCACGAAGCUAAAGGAAUGGUAGAAAAAUGGUUGCUGCAGGUAGAACAUUUAAUGAUUUCUUCUAUGAAAGAUAUCACUGCAGACUCGGUAAAAGCAUAUGCAUCCACCGAUAGAUGUGAUUGGAUAUUAAGUUGGCCUGGGCAAAUUGUCCAAUGCGUAGAUUGCAUUCAAUGGACAACGGAAGUUACCAAAGCUAUAUUAGAUAAAACACUAAAAGAGCAAGUUAAUCUUUGCACGGUUCAAAUCGAGCAGAGUGUGAAAUUGGUGCAAGGUAAAUUAGAGUUGGGACAUCAAAUCACUAUGGAGGCAUUAAUAGUAAUCGAUGUGCAUGCUCGAGAUAUUGUAAUGAAUUUGCGGGACGCCAAAAUCGAUUCAACAGCUGAUUUCUUAUGGAUUUCCCAGAUGCGUUACUACUGGUUUGAUUAUAAUGUUGUAGUAUCAAUGAUAACAACUGAUGUUUCUUAUGGAUUUGAGUAUUUGGGAAAUUACGGACGAUUAGUAGCGACUCCUUUGACUGACAGAUGCUUCAGGACUUUGAUGGGAGCGCUGAAAUUGAACUUGGGUGGAGCCCCAGAAGGACCGGCUGGAACAGGAAAAACUGAAUCCUGCAAAGAUUUAGCCAAGGCGGUUGCUAAGAAGUGCGUUGUAUUCAAUUGCUCCGAUGGAUUGGAUUACAAAGCUCUUGGAAAGUUCUUCAAGGGUUUGGCGCAGGCUGGAUGCUGGGCGUGCUUCGAUGAAUUCAAUCGUAUUGAAGUAGAAGUGUUAUCAGUCGUAGCACAACAAAUUUUAAGUAUUCAAAUGGCCAUUGCAGCUAAACUGGAUAAGUUUGUUUUCGAAGGAACAGAAAUAUCUUUAGAUCCGUCUUGCACUGUGUUUAUAACUAUGAAUCCUGGUUACGCUGGACGCCAAGAACUGCCGGAUAAUUUGAAGGUACUCUUCAGAACAGUAGCAAUGAUGGUUCCAGAUUAUGCGAUGAUUGGCGAAAUUUCUUUAUACUCGUACGGGUUUAUAAUGGCUGCAAGUUUAGCGCAAAAAAUUGUCCACACUUAUAAACUAUGCUCGGAGCAGCUUUCUUCCCAAAACCACUAUGACUACGGCAUGAGAGCCGUGAAAUCAGUAUUGUUGGCUGCCGGUGCUUUGAAACGAUCCUAUCCGCAAUGUAACGAAGCUCAAUUGGUGCUCAGAGCUAUCGUCGAUGUGAACCUACCUAAAUUUCUUGCAGAAGAUAUACCUCUGUUUGAAGGCAUUUACUCAGAUCUGUUUCCAGAAAUUGAAUUACCAAAGUUCGAUCGUGGAGAAUUGAUCGACUAUUUGAUGAAGGUGCUCGAACAAAAGAAUCUACAACCAACUCCAUUUUUCGUUGAAAAAGUUAUGCAAAUUUACGAGAUGAUUCUAGUUAGGCACGGAUUAAUGAUAGUCGGAGAUCCCAUGGGUGGUAAAACUUGUGCGUAUCAAUCGCUUGGUGAGGCUCUGGGACAGCUGUCGCAAGAUAAAACUGCAAAACUGCACGAAAACCGUGUAGUGUUCAGAAUCAUCAAUCCCAAAGCUAUAACAAUGGGUCAGCUGUACGGCCAAUUCGACCCAGUCUCUCACGAAUGGUCUGACGGUGUUCUUGCUACUACAUUCAGAGAGUUUGCAAACGCUCAAACGUCUGAUCGUAAGUGGAUACUUUUUGAUGGACCUGUUGAUGCAGUUUGGAUAGAAAAUAUGAAUACAGUAUUGGAUGAUAACAAGAAGUUAUGUCUGAUGUCAGGUGAAAUCAUACAGAUGUCGAAUAAGAUGAACAUGGUCUUCGAACCUGCUGAUCUUGAAUUCGCUUCACCUGCGACAGUCUCCAGAUGCGGUAUGAUCUAUAUCGAACCAAAGCAAUUAGGUUGGACUCCUCUGCUUGAUUCCUACAAAGUGAAAUUGGAAAAGAUUUUACUGGCAGAGCAAAUGGAACUUAUCUUGGAGUUGAUAAACUGGCUCGUUCCUCCUUGCUUCUAUGAAAUCUUUCAUCAUUGCAAAAUGUUCAUCGAGACUUCAACCAUUCACCUAUUCCACACUUUCACGCGUUUAUUGACUUGUAUUUUGGUGGAUGAAACACAAGUGAGCACAAUAUGGCUUCAAUGUAUGUGCUUAUUUUGUUUGGCCUGGGGAUUAGGUGCUACUCUCACUUCGGAUGGUCGAAAACGCUUUGAUGUUUUCUACCGGAAAAUGCUUUACGGAGAAGAUAAAAAGAACCCUAAACCGAAGACUUUCAAAUUGACAAAAGCACAGCUAUUUCCCGAAAGGUCCAUAGUUUUUGAUUGGAUAUUUGAUAAGAAGAACAACGGAACUUGGAUUUCAUGGUUGGAAACGGCGGAGAAAUUGCAACAAAUUGCUUCGAGUGCUGAUCCCAACAAAUUAAUUAUACAAACAAACGAAUCUUGCUGCCAGCAAUAUUUUCUGAAAACUGCUUUGGCUAAUAACAUUCCAGUUCUAUUCAUUGGUCCGACUGGUACAGGAAAAUCGGCGAUUGUCGUUGAUUAUAUAUAUGCUUUGCCUAAAGAGAAAUUUAUGGCAAAUAUUAUAAACUUCAGCGCGAGAACAAGUUCAACAAUGACUCAAGAAAUUAUUAUGUCGAAAUUGGAUAAACGCAGAAGAGGAGUAUUUGGUCCAUCCAUGGGCAAAAAAUGCGUACUUUUCGUCGACGAUCUUGGAAUGCCUCAGAGGGAACAAUGGGGAGCACAACCUCCCGUGGAAUUACUAAGACAAUGGAUCGAUCAUGGACAUUGGUUCGAUAAAGAUACAAGCAUGUUGCAGCUGAUUGAUGUUAUGUUCGUAAGCGCUAUGGGACAUCCUGAAGGAGGUCAAAAUAUGGUAACGGGAAGAUUCUUGAGACAUAUGCUGAUAAUAUGUCAGGAUUGCUUCGAAGAUGUGACACUGAAUAAAAUAUUUUCUACGAUAUUAGAAUGGCAUUUCGCUAAAGGCUACGAAGAAACAGUUUCGAGGCUUGCAAAAAUGGUAGUGGCUGGAACUAUGGACGUGUACAAAGAAGCCAUGCUUACCUUUCUUCCAACACCUUCAAAAUCCCAUUAUAAGUUUUCUUUGAGAGAUUUUGCACGAGUAAUUCGAGGUGUCCUCAUGAUCCCACCCUCGAAAAUGAAUGAUCCUGAUAAACUAAUACGAUUAUGGAUUCACGAAAUAUACAGAGUAUUCCAUGAUAGAUUAAUAGAUCAAAAUGACAAAAAUUCCUUAUUCGAAAUAGUUAAAAGAGGUUGUUACAACGGAUUGAGGCAACCAAUAGAUAAAGUUUUAGCUGAAUUGGUACCUGAUGGAGAACAACUUAACGGAGAGCACGUUAGAAAUUUGUUUUUUGGUAACUAUAUAGAGCCAGACGCUGAUCCAAAAAUUUACGAUGAGAUUGUAGAUUUGGAUUUGUUAACCGAGAGGAUGAAUUACUAUUUGAGCGAAUAUAACUUGCUGACCAAAUCUCCUAUGAAUCUAGUAUUAUUCAAAUUUGCGAUUGAGCACGUGUCGCGCGUAUCUCGAGUUCUUCUCCAAGAAGCUGGACAUAUGCUUCUUGUGGGAAUCGGUGGAUCCGGAAGGCACAGCGCCGUUAAAUUGGCCGGAUCAAUGGCAGAGUAUGCAGAAUACGAGAUAGAAAUGUCUAGGAAUUAUGGAAUGUUGGAAUGGCGUGAAGACAUAAAACGUCUGCUUUUAAAAGCCGGUUGUGAGGGAAGACCAAUUGUGUUUCUGUUCAGCGACACUCAAAUCGCUUCAGAAACAUUCACAGAAGAUAUAAAUCUUAUAUUUAACACAGGAGAUAUACCCAACUUGUAUCAACCCGAUGAGAAAGGAGACAUUUUGGAAAAGAUGCAGGCGAUUGCCCGAGACGGAGGGAAGAAAAUUGAGAGUACACCUUUUGCUUUAUACAACUUUUUCAUCGAAAGGAUAAAGCAUAAUUUACAUGUAGCGUUUGCGAUGAGUCCUAUCGGAGAUGCUUUUAGGAUGCGUUGUCGUAUGUUUCCAUCGUUGAUUAAUUGCUGCACUAUUGAUUGGUUUUUAGAGUGGCCUGACGAUGCAUUGGAGAAAGUAGCCACUAUGUUUUUAGCAACGAUGGAAGUUGAACAGGAACUAAUGGAAAAUUGCGUACUUAUGUGCAAGAAUUUCCACACGACCGUUGAACUCGCUGCGAAUAAGUUUUUCAAAGAAUAUCGAAGAAAAACGUACGUCACUCCAACAUCGUACUUGGAGCUGAUACAAACUUUCAAAAAUGUAUAUUUCCUUAAGGUCGAUCAGAUUACUUUAGCUAGAGAUAGGUAUUUGACUGGUUUGGAGAAAUUGGAUUUUGCAGCAGGACAGAUUGGAAUAAUGCAAGAAGAAUUGCAUGCAUUGCAACCUCAAUUAGUGGUAGCUUCCAUGAAAACUGAGAAGUUGAUGAUCAAGAUUGAACAAGAUACUGUUAUAGUUGAAGCUAAGAAGGAGAUCGUUGGCGCCGAUGAAGCAUUGGCUAAUGAAGCUGCUGCUGCGGCCCAAGCUAUAAAGGAUGAUUGCGAAUCUGAUUUAGCCGAAGCUAUACCAGCUUUGGAGGCUGCUCUUGACGCUUUAAAUACUUUGAAACCUGCAGAUAUUGUUAUCGUUAAAUCUAUGAAGAAUCCUCCAUCUGCCAUUAAAUUGGUUAUGGAAGCAGUAUGCGUGAUAAAACAGAUCAAACCUGAUAGGAAACCGGAUGUAUCAUCUGGACGAAUGGUGGAGGAUUACUGGGGACCAUCUCUACGUUUACUCUCAGACAUGAAAUUCUUGGAAGGUCUAAAGACUUUCGACAAAGAUAAUAUACCGGCUCCAGCCAUGAAAAAAAUUCGGGAAAGGUAUAUGCCUGAUAGGGAGUUUGAUCCCGUUGUGGUGAAGAAUGUAUCAACUGCUUGUGAAGGUUUAUGCAAAUGGGUUCGAGCAAUGGAGGUCUACGACAGAGUCAUCAAGAUAGUUGCACCCAAAAAGGCUAGUUUAGCUGUGGCGGAAGGUGAGCUUGCUGCGCAAAUGGAAACUCUUAAUGUAAAAAGGGCCCAACUGCAAGAAGUCAGUGAUAAAUUGCAAGCGUUGAAUGACGAAUUUGCAGCAGAGACAAAGAAGAAAAAAGAGUUGGAAGAUCAAAUAGAGUUGUGCUCUCAGAAACUGGAUAGGGCCGAGAAAUUGAUCGGUGGAUUAGGCGGUGAAAAGACUAGGUGGUCCGAAAAUGCAAAACAACUCCAUGGGCUCUUGGGAAACGUCAUUGGAGAUGUGCUGUUAUCCUCUGGAGUAAUCGCUUAUCUUGGACCUUUCACUGUAAACUACAGACAGGACUUAAUUGCAAAUUGGAAUGUGUACUGCACCGAACUGGACAUUCCCUGUUCAGAAUCAUUUUCUUUGGUUUACACCAUGGGUGAACCGGUCAUCAUCAGAGCUUGGAACAUAUUUGGUUUACCAGUAGAUAAUUUCAGUAUCGAAAAUGGUAUCAUAUCCACGAAAGCGAGAAGAUGGCCCUUAAUGAUCGAUCCGCAAGGACAAGCCAACAAAUGGGUAAAGAACAUGGAAAAAACAAAUAAUUUGAUUAUUAUUAAAUUAACCGAUGCAAACUACUUGCGUUCAGUGGAAAACGCCAUAACAUAUGGAAUACCCAUGCUGCUGGAAAAUAUCAUGGAAGAAAUUGAUGCCGUUCUGGAUCCGGUUUUAGUGAAGAACAUUUAUAAACAGCAGGGCGUCUGGUACAUGAAACUAUGCGAAAACGUACUCGAGUAUAACCACGAUUUCCGAUUUUAUAUAACGACGAGAUUAAGAAACCCGCACUAUCUACCAGAAGUGGCGGUGAAGGUUACACUAUUGAAUUUCAUGAUUACGCCUCAAGGUUUACAGGACCAGCUGCUCGGGAUAGUCGUGGCCAAGGAUAGGCCGGAAUUGGAGGAGAAAAAGAAUAUAAUGAUCGUCGAAGGAGCAAAGAACAAGAAAUUGCUUAAGGAGAUUGAGGAUAAAAUUUUGGAAGUCCUCUCUUCAUCCGAGGGAAAUAUCCUGGAAAAUGAAAAAGCCAUCAAAAUUCUAUCGUCGAGCAAGAUUGUGAGCGAAGAUAUUCAGGAGAAGCAAAAGAUUGCAUCAGUCACCGAAAAGGAAAUUGACAAUGCACGAAAUCUUUACGUACCUGUCUCGAAGCACAGUUCUAUACUUUUCUUCUGCAUUUCCGAUCUUGCAAACAUCGAACCGAUGUAUCAGUAUUCUCUGGGCUGGUUCAUCAACUUAUAUAAUCAAUCAAUCAUGAAUAGUGAACACUCAGAUAAUUUGUGUGUGCGCUUGGAGAGUCUAAACAGUUACUUUACGAAUAGCAUUUAUAGGAACGUCUGUCGAUCGUUAUUCGAGAAGGAUAAAUUGAUAUUUUCCUUGGUUCUUACAGUCGGCAUCUUAAAAGCGCAAGAUAAUAUAGAUGAUGAAGUUUGGACGUUUCUAUUGACAGGAGGAGUAGCGCUGCACAAUCCCUACCCAAAUCCAGCUCCUAAAUGGCUUUCCGAUAAAUCUUGGUCUGAAAUGGUUAGAGCAAGUAAUUUACCCGGCUUGGAGAAAUUACAUUUCUACGUAGAAAAGGAUAUCGAAGAAUGGAAGAAAUUCUACGAUGCAUCCAAUCCUCACGAGAUUCCGUGUCCAGCCCCAUUCAAUGGUUUAACGAAACUUCUUCGGUUGGUUGCAAUUCGUUGUAUAAGGCCUGACAAAGUUGUACCAGCAGUGCAGAGUUACAUUGUCUCAGAGAUGGGUCAAGCCUAUUUAGAACCACCACAAUUCAAUUUGGAGGAGUCUUACAUGGACAGCACAUGUUGUACUCCACUGGUGUUCAUCCUUUCGCCAGGUUCAGAUCCGAUGGCUGGUUUGAUUCGAUAUGCAGCAGACAAAGGAAUUGAUAAAACCAGUCUCUUAACAAUUUCGCUGGGACAAGGACAGGGUCCAAUUGCAUCCAAUAUGAUAGAUAUAGCUUUGGAAAGUGGGCAAUGGGUUGUUCUGCAAAAUUGUCAUUUAGCUGAAAGCUGGAUGCGGGAGUUAGAUAGGAUUUGCGAUGAGGUCAUCGUUCCGGAAAACACCAAUGUCAAUUUCAGAUUGUGGUUAACUAGUUAUCCAUCGAAGGCUUUUCCCGUUUCCAUUUUGCAAAAUGGUGUGAAAAUGACAAAUGAGGCACCGAAAGGUCUGCGACAAAAUUUGUUGCGAUCCUAUACCUCGGAUCCUAUUUCAAAUCCAACCUUCUUCAGCGCUUGUCCACAUUGGCAUGCUUGGCAGACCAUGCUAUUUGCUUUAUGCUUCUUCCACGCUUUGGUACAAGAACGCAGGAAGUUUGGACCUCUCGGUUGGAAUAUUCCGUACGAAUUCAACGAAUCAGAUUUGAGGAUUAGCAUCCUACAGUUACAGAUGUUCUUAACUGACUAUGACGAAGUGCCGUAUGAAGCUUUAACAUACCUUACCGGAGAAUGCAAUUACGGUGGACGAGUGACUGAUGACAAAGAUAGACGUUUGUUGAUGUCCGUUCUAUCCAUAUUUUAUUGCCAGAAUACUGUUAAUACAGCACUGUAUCCUUUUUCACCGAGCGGUACUUAUUAUGUACCUCAAGAUACAUCAUACACAGGAAUUGUGGAUUAUAUAAAGCAACUGCCGAUAAUUCCUUUACCGGAAGUUUACGGUUUGCACGAAAACGCUGAUAUAACUAAGGAUAAUCAAGAGACUGCAAUUUUAUUGAACGGAGUGAUGUGCACCCAAACUCAAAUAGCUGCUGGAGGAGGAGGCGAAGAUUCUCAAGAAGCAAUCAUUGCAUUAGCAACUGAUAUUUUAGAGAAGAUUCCUGAGCAAUUCAACAUUGAAAUGGUCAGUGAGAUGUACCCCGUUAUGUAUACCAAUUCGAUGAACACCGUUUUAAAACAGGAAUUAAUACGAUUCAAUCGAUUGACGAUUGUGGUGAAAAGGACUUUGGCUAAUAUCAUAAAAGCCGUUAAGGGAUUGGUGGUAAUGUCUUCGGAACUGGAGGAACUUCAUUAUUCUUUAACUGUUGGUAAAAUUCCUGCAUCCUGGUUGGCAAAAAGUUAUCCAAGCUUGAAGCCUUUGGGUUCUUACAUACAGGAUUUGUUGGCCAGAUUAAGUUUUCUACAAGACUGGAUCAACGAUGGUCCUCCCAUGGUCUUUUGGCUAUCGGGAUUCUACUUCACGCAAUCAUUCUUAACUGGUGUUUUGCAAAAUUACUCCAGAAAAAUGCACUAUCCUAUAGAUCAUAUAGCUUUUGAUUUCCUCGUCACCGAAUACGAAGAUGAAGUACCAGAAAUCCCAGAAAUUGGUGUUUAUUUCAAAGGCCUGUUUUUGGAGGGUGCACGCUGGGAUAGGAAAGAAAAAUAUUUGAAUGAAUCCUAUCCAAAAAUCUUAUUUGAUACCCUACCAAUCAUGUGGUUGCAACCAGCGUUAAAAGUUGACAUAAUUCCCAGGAAAUCUUACAUAUGUCCCAUUUACAAGACCAGCGCAAGAAGAGGAGUAUUGUCUACGACCGGACAUUCUACGAAUUUCGUUAUGCUCACCAACUUUGAUACGCCGCUUCCAGAGCGUCACUGGAUCAACAGAGGUGUUGCUUGCCUCUGUCAAUUGGACGAUUGA